AUGAUCAGCACUGCAAGAUUUGAAUAUACAGAAACAUAUAAUUAGGCUAAAUUGGCAGAUAAAAUUAAUCAAAGGUCUUUAAUUUUAAUAUAAUAAUAGGUAUCAUCAAACUUAACAAUAAAACUGGCAACUCCAAUAACAAAAUAACACAACAUUUGAUUUAAAUUUGACAAAUUAAAAGGAAAUUUAGUUCAAACUAUGUUCAGAUAUAGUAGAUCCUGAAGAAUGUUCAAAAGUUCAUCCGUCUGGUAUUGAUUGUGAAUGGAAUAAUGGUGCAUGUGAAUCUAAACAUUCUUAAAAUAAAAUUACCUAAUUAAUGCAAAAAGAAAAAUAUCUAAAGAAGCUUGAAAAAUAAGUAUCAAGAGAUUAAUGUAGAGAAAUCUUUGAAAGAACAAAUUGUUUAGUUUCUAAAAUAUAUGGAUUACAAUGUGUUUGGGUGAAUAAUUAAUGUUUAACAAACUGUAAUGCUAUAUCUUCUCAAGUAUUUUACAAUUAUAAAUUAGGAAUAAUGCAUCAGAAAUAUUGCUAAUACAAAUGCCUAAAAAUGCUUAAUCAUUAAAAAUCAAAAUGACAAUAAUUCUCGUUUAAAUUGUUCAUAACUUCCUUCUGAUUGCAAAUAUGAUGAUUUGAAUCAAUAUAGUUGUACUUGGUAAAACAAUUAGUGUCAAGUUGUUUUGUGUCACUAAUUUUAUAAUGAAUAGCAAUGUAAUGAUUAAUCAUCUUGUUCUUGGCAUGCUUCAAUGAAUAUGUGUUUAACAAAUACAGAACUAACAUAAUAUGAUAAGCCAUGUGAUAUUUCAAUGCAAUAAUCAAUUGUAGGUAUCUUUGCAUUACUUCUUUUUAUAUAUAUGUGA